CAAAGGUGAAACAAAGGAUUUCUUUAUCCAUAGUAAUCUCGAAAACGGAUGAGGAUUUCCCUCCACGCUUUUGCCAGCAACCAAAGCAGUGAUGGCAAUGUCAGUUCGUGCAGCCGCCUCAUCUCCUUCCGCGGUUGGAGCUCCGUUCAAACAUUUCCGUUUUUCGUCGUCUCUCACCCCAUUUCCUUGCCUGCGUCCCCAAACCUAUCAAAGUUCACUUCAUUCACAGCUCAAAUUGACGCAGUGCGCCAAGAAAGAGAUAAAAGCCACCGACCCCAAGCUUGGAGUUGCACUUUACAAGCCGAGGUCUUACGAUGCCUUGGUAUCUGACGCCGCCAAUUCCCUCUCUUACGCUCUAAGCGACGGGAAGACUCGCUUAGAAAUCGAAUUCCCUCCCUUGCCCAGCAAUAUUUCAUCAUAUAAGGGAUCAUCAGAUGAGUUUAGCGAUGCCAACAUUCAACUUGCUUUGGCUCUUGUCAAGAAGCUUCAAGAGAAGAAGGAAACACAGGCUUGCAUUGUUUUUGCUGAUAAGCCAGAGAAGCGUAGGGCAUUAACUCUUCUCAGAACAGCUUUUGACUCGAUUGAUUGUUUAACAAUUGGGACCUUGGAUGAUGUACCUGUUGGUCCUGUGAAAGCAUUUUUCAGAUCAGUGAGUCGAACUUUGGAUUUUGAUUUUGAGGAUGAAAAUGAAGAUCGGUGGCACUCUGAAAAGCCACCAUCACUGUAUAUAUUUAUCAACUGCAGCACGGGUGAUCUCUCUUCCAUAGAGAAGUAUGUGGAAAAGUUUGCAACCUCCACCCCUACUCUGCUGUUUAAUCUAGAACUUGACACUUUGCGUGCUGACCUAGGUCUUUUGGGAUUUCCACCAAAACAGUUGCAUUAUCGAUUCCUUUCACAAUUUACCCCGGUAUUUUACAUUCGAACUCGCGAGUAUUCAAAGACUGUCGCGGUGGCGCCGUAUAUUGUAAACUAUAGUGGAGCUCUACUUCGUCUAUACCCUGGCCCGUGGCAGGUGAUGUUGAAACAAUCAGAUGGUUCUUUUGCCUGUGUAGCGGAGAGCGAAUCUCGAUUCACACUGGGAGAAACAAAAGAAGAGCUAUUGCGGGUUAUCGGUCUUGAGGAGGAGAUAGGAAGCUCACUUGGCUUUCUUCGAAGAGGAUAUAAGACUGCGACAUGGUGGGAAGAAGAUGUUGAUUUGGAGAGAUCUUCAGCUUGGCGUAGUUGAAGUCGAACAACAGGUGCCUGCACAACGGUUAUAAGAGAAGUCGCCUCUCAGGUGCAAAUGUUUGCCUUGGCUUAGUAGCAUUUUCCUUGGUGGGUUCACGUUCACCCUUAUGAUACUAAGAUCAAUCAGAUGUCAGAUGACAACAUGUUAGCAAACUUAAAAACUAGAGAUUCAUGUUUUGUAUUCGAAGAUAGCAUAUGUAGAUGCACAAGUCGAUCACUUCAUUUUUAUCACGGAGCAUUGUCAUGUCUGUUAUCAUUUGUACGAGUAUGUUUUUCUUACAUUAAAUUAGAAAGAAAUGGAUAUAGUUGUGUCAUUUCCAUAUGAUUUUUGAACACCA